UGUUCCUUGUAUAGUAUGAGUAAUUACCGAAAUUUCUUUCCAUAUGUACAGGUAAUUUCCGAAAUUUCCUGUAAAUUUGCUUUGGCAUUGUUUGAAUAUUUGGGAAAUUGUGAGGAAAUUGCUGUCUGGUAUAAUAGUAAUUACUAAAAUUUCUGCGAAAUUUCUGUUAUUAAGCACACGUAUCAUUAAAUGCUGUUUGUGGAAAUUUUGGUAUUUUCGGAAAUUUCUUUUUUAGGAAAUCUGAACAUUCCUCUAUCGAAAGAUGUUUGCUGAAGAUAUAUUUUGGCUUUUUGAUCAAUUUUAUGAACGGCUGGAUCAAAAUGAGUGACAGGUACAAAGUGAACUGGUGUUAAAAGCCGCUGCAGCUAAACCAUCAGAACAGAAUACCACUUAAUACAUGUAAGAAGUAGACUUACGAUUUCAAUUUGUUGACAAAGAGCCUUAAUUUGAUCAUAGUAAUUAUCGACGAUAGAUGCUUUUCCAAGUUGCGUUAAAAAAGUCGCGAACAUUGUAGAUCUAUCCAUCGCACGACAGCUUAUGCAACAAGCUGUCGCAGCCCACCGUGUACAAAAUAUGCAUUGAUUAUUCAUAUUAAUCUUACACAAUAUAAAAUGAAGCUAAUGCAAAUGUUUUCAACAAAUUAACAACUAAAAAUUCUUGAAUCUAAAAUGCAAUAUGUUAAGCGAAUGGAAAUAAGCUACAAACAACAUUAUAUACAAAACAGUUUACAGAAUGUAGAAUUUAAUAGAUUUUUAUUUUGAAUAAAAAAAUACAAAAUUACGACGAUGUGAGAUAAUUUGAACAAUGGUAGUCGUAAAAUUUCUACUAUACGUUAUAGAUGCUGUACUAAUUUUACACAAAAAAUUUUUGAUAAAUAGUGAAAAGCACAUAAGAUAUAGUAAUUGGAGUCUGUCGCAGUGUAUUGCCAACUGCCAUUUCAAAUUUUUUUCGAUUGGUCACCUAUGAGUUUACUUUUUGAUCACCAUCCCUCUCAAGUUCCACCAUCGAUUUAAUUUCUCGCAGGACAAAGUGCAAUCAGUGUCAUCAUCAUUGCAUAUAAGACUCAGAUUAAGAACACGUAAUGGUGCUUGGAUAUUUUCAAGAUGAUAGGAUUCUUCACAUUGUUCUAAAUAUACACUAACAAAUAUCCGUAGAAGUGUUGAGGCAGACUCAAAAAGACAAAUCCACCUUUGAUUAACAACAAAGCCAUCAGCGUCUACAAGACCGGUUAGCUUCAGUUUUACGAGGCAUGGUGCUCUUGCUACUAGUUUAAUAAUCCAGUUAAAAGAUACUUCAAGUAGUCCAAGAGUGAGAGUGCGAACAUUCAGGAAAUUGAAUGAUGGUAUAAGUUUCUGAUUGCGAUCAAGCAAGCCAAUGCUAAGGAAACGAAUACGACUAAAGUUAGAAAUUUCACGUGAAAAAUCAUUCCAGCUAAUUGUGGAGCCUGAAUCAAAAAUAAAUUGUUCGAUUUCGCUUGGUAUCGUAAUCAAUGUGGAGACUUGUCGUCUUUCUACUAUCUCAUCAAUAUGAAUUUCUAGUCGACGCAAAGAGGAAAUAGAUAAAAUAGGUAUUAACAAUUCUUGUAUAGAUCCAAUUGUAGGAGUAACAACGGUGAGCUGGUUCAGUUUUGUAUUGCUUCCCCGAAUAUUUCUCAUAAUUCCUGUGAUCCAUUCAUUUUCGCCGAUAAGUUUGAGUGAUCGAAGCUCCAAACAAUGUUGAAGAACUUCAAACGAAACAGUUUUGUUGAGAGUUAGAGAAAUAACUCGAUUCAAAGGAAUUUGUCGUGGGACUUUUCCAUUAUGAUCAAGCUUAAGUUCACGUAAAAAGAACUUGUAGUAUUCAUUAUAUAAGACUUGAUCGACAGCAUUUGUGAUAGAUGGAAACGACGUAAAUAAGUCUGAAAUUUCAAAAUACUCAAAUAUGUGCUCCCAAAUAUCACAGCAUAAAUCAUGAAUCGUGGUACGUUUUCCUACGAAUGAAAACAAGAUCAUACAAGUCUCCUGAGUGAAAAAACCGUUUUACUUUCAAAUUGUAUGCUGCGUUGAAUGAUGCCAGAACUUGUACUGUCACUUUCAAUUUGAUGGCAUUUUUUUCCAUAAUUAUCCAUAUUACUUGACCGUAAAGAUUGGCAAGUGAAAAAGAUUUGAAGUGAAAAAUAAGGAAACCUAUCUAAAAGCAACAAACAUUAUUAUUUUCUGAAGGAUAAACUAUUUAGUGAUGUAAAAGUAGUCUACAGUAUAAAGGCAAAUGAAUAUUAUAAUAUAGUGACAUAUUUAUAAUGAUAAUUAUUCAAUUUCAAUGAGAAGGAUAUCAAUUUGUUUAGAUUUACAUGGCGAAAAAAACAAUAUCAAAUCAUUCCUCGUCAUCACAAUUACGCAACGUGAGAAUAACAAUUGAACUGAGGCAUUUAGAGAAGGAUCUUUUUAAUAAAAUGAAUAAACUCAUGUAACUACAAGUAUUGAAAUACAUAUUUCUUGUAGAGAAAUUCCGUCACAUACAACAACAUAAAAAUCGUCAAUGACCUUUAUGUACUUGUUAUAAUAAGAAUUAUAAUAGCAAGAUUAUUCAACUACAAAAACACACUAAAAGGAUAAUUUUUAUUUAUUUCGCUAUAUGUCUAUUUUUCGUAAGGGUGGUAGUUUAUUGUUGUUGUUCUUGUUGUUUUUCAAGCAUCAAAGCCAUUUCAAGUAACUCUUCAUCAGAUAUUUCCGGUAUCGCAUUAUUGCUUGUUUGUGUCAAGCUGACCAUCGUAGCUGCACUAACAAAUUUAACUGCAGGCGAUGCAGCAGCAAUCGAUUGGCUCUUUUGGUUUGAAUGCUCAUGGUUAACCAUGAUUUUUUUUACCGCCAUCUGAAUAUCGCUAGAAAUACUUCGCUUCAUUUUUUGUCCCGAUAAUUCAGCUGCUGCCUAUUAUAAUAACUGCAUGAAUGUCGCAUUAGAAUAUAGACCAUUAUUACCUUAUCUUGGGUGGAUGCGAUGCUUGAGUCUGAAGAUUCGUUCAUAUUCAUACCUGUUGUUGGUUCUAAAGAGGUCAGAUAUAAAUCAAGACAGAGCCGCAAAGAACAAAGCGUCCGGCAUUUUACUUACUAGAUGUAUGUGACAUUUCGUUUUUUAAAUAGUAUCGAAAAAGUUUUGAACUUUUAACAAUAAUCUACAAUGAAAGAUUUCUUAAAGAAUGUUUGAGUUUUUUAGUUAUAUAUAACAAAUUUUAUUCAGGGGCGGCGCGAAGGGGGAAAAGCAGGGGGGGAGGGGGGUAAUGUCAAAUCGGGAGAAAAGUCAAAAAAAUUUGUCUCAUCUCGAGUGUCCAUUACUUUUUCGAAAAAUUUCCUAUAUAGGUUACCCAAAUUUUCCAAAAAGUGAAGAGCAAAAAAAAAAGAUCUUGAGUUUGGCUUUCAAGAGAACUUUUUGCCUCAGCAACUACUGUUCCAGCCGAAAGUCGAAGAAAUUGUGGUCGAAAAUGAGAGAAAGUACUUCUCAAAAUGAGAGAAACCAAAAUUCUAAACCGGAAAAAGCAACGUCGAAAAUGGGAGAAACCAAAAUUCUAAACGGGAGAAAGCAAGGUCCAAAAUAGGAGAAAAUAUCACUCAUAUUUUCCAAAACCAGGAGGGGGUACCCUUCCCCAACCCCCCUCGGUCGCGCCGCCACUGAUGUUAUUUAAAACAAAAGGGAAUUAAUAGGAGUCUAACAUCUGUAACUUCAACAUCUGUAAUAUCUGAAACAGUGCUAACAAAUCCUUCAUCAUCAAAUGAAAGAGCAAAAACAACUAUAUCAUCAUCCUAUAUGUCAAAUUCAGGUGAUGAAAUAGAAGAUGAUGAAAGUAAUGAUUCACGUGAUGAAAAUCAUUAUUUAAUGUCAAAAUAUCCAAUUGAAUUAAAUCCAUUACAAAAAAUAGAAAGAAGAGGUGAUAUUAAAUUUGAUCCAAAUUCAAAUCUAAAUGGUUCACUUAUUAAUAAAAUAUGUCUUCAUUGUUCAUUAACAUUUGAAUUAAAAUCAACGUUUGAAAAUCUUUUAUUAACAAAACAUAAUGAUUUAUAUAAAAGAAAAGAUGAAAUUGAUUUUGAUUUAUUUCCAUCAUCAUUUCAAUUAAAUGAUGAAUUUCUACUUGAUUUAUCUAAAACAUCAAUUAAAACUAAAAUAUCUAAGAAUGAAUAUUUUACUAACGAAUCGAAUGAUUCAACUGAUCAAUCAAGUAAUGAUAAUGAACAUUUUAAAUCUAAAUGUCAAUCACAAAAAAAAAAUCUUUCUAAUGGACCUUUAUCUCCAACUGGAUCUCAACAAUCAGCAAAUGGUUUAAAUGAACAAAGAAGAUUUUGA